GUUUGUGAUUGUGUUUGAUACUGUUCGAUAAUCUGCAAUUACUUUCAUGUGCAUUUAUUACAUUUGAUAAAACUAUUGAUUUAAUUGUUUUUUAUUUCAUACAAAAAUAUUACUGAAUACUGUGGAAUAAAUGAUUUUUGCUAAGUGACAGUUGGAUAUAAAUAAUGGCAAGCAUUACAAUUGAAAAGAAGAAAUAUGACUGUAAUUCGUUACCCAAAGGAUGGCAAAGGGAAGAAGUACUUCGGAAAACAGGAUUAUCUGCUGGAAAAGUAGAUGUGUAUUACUACAGUCCCAAUGGACAAAAGUUUCGCAGCAAGCCACAAUUGGCACGAUAUUUUGGUGAUUCCAUUGAUCUGGCAAUGUUUGAUUUCCACACUGGCAAAUUCAAUUCUAUGCUCUUGCGAAAAAACAAGUUGCAAAGGGGUACUCAGUUUGAUUACAGCCGUGGUGUCAGAAACGAUGCAUCGUUAGUCCCACCAAUACGUCAAACUGCAUCUAUAUUCAAACAGCCAGUCACAGUUUAUAAAACACAGGAAGGUAAAGUGAAAACAGAUUUUAAACAUGGUCCGCAAGAAAAACCGAAGCAAUUAUUUUGGGAAAAACGUCUCGAAGGAUUACGAGCUUGCGAUUUAGAUGGAAUUGAAUUUGGUGCUAUGCAGUUGCCGAAAGGAUUAAAACCGGUUGGGCCACAUGUGUGUGAAGAAACAAUUCUUCAAUCCGUGGCCACUGCAUUACAUGUUUCUGUUCAGCCGGUAAUUGGACAAACUGGCCCUAAAUCGGCAUUGGAUAAAAAUCCUGGUGUAUUUUUAAAUCCAGAACAACCUCUUGUUCAAGCUGUUCAGGUUGGCGAAGAAGACAUUCGACGACAAGAAGAAAGAGUUACUCUAGCAAGAAAAAAACUUCAAGAAGCUUUACGUGCUUAAAGUUUUUUAAUUUUAAACUUGUAAAUAGAAUAUAUAUUAUUUAUUUGUGAUUCUCUUAGUUUAAGUUUAUGAUAAAAUGUAUAAUUUAAGUAUUGUUUAAAGUAAGAUUCUUAGAAUAUAAAAAUCUGUUCAAUAAAUAUGUUCAUUUUUUACAAUAAA